UAAGUGAAAAACUGAAGCUGAAACCUUGGGAAUACAGGACGUUAAGGAUGAUCAAGUGUAGUGGGCAGAGCCAGAAGAUGGUGUUUAGCAACCAUGUGAUGGAUUUAAAGGGUAAAUGUAUGUCUCUCUAAAUUGAAUUUAAAGAAUUUAGUGUGGAAACAAAUUCAGCCCAUCAGAUUGGCCUAUGUGUAUGUGUUUAUAUGGGAAGAUGAUGUUGGAUUUCAGUGAGCCAGGUCAUCUGACAAACAUUACAGUAACUUUAUCAUUUAAUCCUUCAGGUCCUGUUGAUAAAAAUUCUUCAAUAAGAAAUGAAUUCUCAGUAUAUCACAACAGUAGGCAAAAGCCUAAGAAAGCAAAUCAGUUGUCUAAGAAUAUUGGGGAAAAACCAUUCCAUCAAAAAGGCAGAAGACAGCUACUCAAGGCACCUCAAGAGUACAGAAGCCUUUAAAUGUUGGAGUUCUGAAGGUAUUACUGGCUGUGAUAAAUUUCUGGUUGUUCCAGAAUGACCAUUGGAAAGUGACAAGGCAGAUGUGACUAAGAAGAAAAGUCUUGAUGUGCUGGAACUACAGGAUACUCUAAAGAUCAAGAUAGAAUUAUGACUGCACAAAAUGUUCAUCUAAAAUCUCGUACCAGUGACUAUACAUGCAAGACACCAACAGUGUCUAAUUUGGAUUCUGGAAGUCCUAAAGUCUCAGUUUUGGAAGAAAGUGGUCCUUCUAGGCUCAAGAGUUAUUUAAUGUCUGGAAAGAAUAAUUCUGAUGUGGAUGAUGAAGUUAAGGAAAGUUUGGAUGGUUCAACAGUAAAAAGAUCUAAAAUGGCACCAGAUAAGAAAAUACAUCACAAAUUAGUAUUGCCCUCCAACACACCAAAUGUUCGCAGGAGCAAGAGAGUACGUUUGAAACCUUUGGAAUACUGGCGAGGGGAGCGAAUAGAUUAUCAAGAAAAGUCAUCAGGAGGAGUUGUAAUUGGUGGAAUACUAUCACCAGUCACAGUAUCAUCUAAAAGGAAAGCAAAAGGAAACAUGAGGAAAGUCAACAAAAUAGCUAAUAGGAAAAGGAUCUGUCUUGACAAUGAUGAGAGAAAGAAUAGAUUAGUGGUAAAUAUGGAUAUACCUCUAGGAGAUCCUUUGCAACCAACGCAGGUAAAGGACCCAGAAACAAGAGAGAUUAUCCUCAUGGAUCUUGUAAGGCCACGAGAUACAUACCAAUUUUUUGUCGAGCAUGGUAAAUUGAAAGUAUAUAAAACAUUGGACACACCCUUUUUUUCUACUGGUACAUUGAUAUUAGGACCCUUUGAAGAAAAGGGAAAGCAGCAUGUUGGCCAAGAUAUAUUGGUUUUUUACGUCAACUUUGGUGACCUUUUGUGUACCUUACAUGAAACAACUUAUAUAAUAACCACUGGGGAUUCAUUUUAUGUUCCUUCAGGUAAUUAUUACAACAUCAAAAACCUCCUGAACAAAGAAAGUGUUCUUCUUUUUACUCAAAUAAAGAGAUGA